AUGUUUGAUCUUGAUAACGAAGAAUGUCCACAAGGUGUUCACGUUGCAGAAGCAUUUGUUCCACAAAAUCAUUCUCCUUUUUAUCAAGUUAAUGGGAUAUGUAGCCUUUAUAAUCCAAAAGUUGAGAAAGGUCAAAUAUCUAUGUCUCAUAUAUGGGUUGAAAAUGGACCUGUUGAAUCUUCCAACAGAAUAACUAUGGGAUGGCAUGUACAUCCAUCAAUGUACGGUGAUGCAAGGACCCAUUUUUAUACAUCAUGGACGUCCGAUAACUUCAAAAAGACAGGAUGCUACAAUACCGCAUGUAGAGGUUUUGUCCAGGUUGACAGGAAGAACUUCCCUGGUGGAUAUUUCCCUGACACAUCUACCUACGGUGGCGCGACUUAUGAGGCUUACAUGGCUAUUACUCAGGAUCUAAAGACAAAAAAUUGGUGGAUAAGCGCAGGGAAGGUAAACAUCGGAUAUUAUCCAGCAGCAUUGUUCUCGAACUUAGGGUCAGCAUCCAUCGUAGGAUGGGGUGGGAGAACAAAAGCCAACGUUGGUGGUCGUAGUCCUCCAAUGGGAUCUGGGCAUUUUCCUGAUGGAGAUAGGACCCAUGAAUCUUAUUUUAGAUCUCCCAAGAUUCAAGGUGCAUCAUUAAUUGUUUAUACACCUGAAUCUUUUAUGACCAAACACUUCUCUGACAAUACUAAAUGUUAUGAUGUUGGUUACCAUGAUAAAUAUUACGGAGAGGUUAAUAAGGAAAGUGUUGUUCACUUUGGAGGACCGGGAGGCAAUUGUGGAAUUUAA